GUCACUGUGGACGCUAUCAAGGGGUUGUUCAGACACCUCCCAUUCCCUGUGGGCGCGUCGCCCUGGCGCUCGGUUUUUACGUAUUUCCGGAGUCCCUUCCGCGACCGCAGCUUGAGUUGGGGGCUCCAGUUCAUGUGGACGGCUACAGAGCUCUGCGUUAGACUGUUGUAUCGUGCCACUCUCCCGACCCGACGCCAUGGGAGUGACUUGUGUGUCCCAGAUGCCUGUGGCUGAGGGCAAGAGUGUGCAGCAGACUGUGGAGCUCCUCACCCGAAAAUUGGAGACGCUUGGGGCAGAGAAGCAAGGAACAUUUUGUGUGGAUUGUGAGACUUACCACACAGCUGCCUCCACCCUUGGUAGCCAAGGUCAGGCUGGGAAGCUGAUGUAUGUGAUGCACAACUCUGAGUAUCCACUGAGCUGUUUUGCUCUCUUUGAGAAUGGCCCUUGCCUUAUUGCUGACACCAACUUUGAUGUGCUCAUGGUGAAGCUCAAGGGCUUUUUCCAGAGUGCCAAGGCCAGCAAGAUUGAGACCCGGGGCACCCGUUAUCAGUACUGUGACUUUCUCGUGAAGGUGGGCACCGUCACAAUGGGGCCCAGUGCCCGUGGCAUCUCUGUGGAGGUGGAAUACGGCCCCUGUGUGGUGGCUAGUGACUGCUGGAAUCUGCUCCUCGAGUUUCUUCAGAGCUUUCUAGGAAGCCACACACCAGGGGCUCCAGCAGUAUUUGGAAACAGACAUGAUGCGGUGUAUGGCCCAGCAGACACCAUGGUCCAGUACAUGGAACUCUUCAACAAGAUCCGCAAGCAGCAGCAGGUGCCGGUAGCAGGAAUUCGUUAGUGACUGGCAAUUGCUGGCUGAGCUGUUACCAUGUGUACUGCACAGCAGGAGCAGGGGCUGUAUUCUCAGGAACCUGGACCCCAGAAACCCAGGGCAGAGAUGGAAGCUUCUCUCCCUCUGGUUCCCAGCUGUGGCUUUUGUCUGGGGCUCUGGACUCCCCUCCCCUGACCCCCAUAUGCAGCCCUCAGCAGCUGUUUUACCCAUCGCCUUGCUGGAUUUGUUCUGUCCUCAAGAAUGGUAAUUAUGAAGAAUGGAGAAGUUUGGACCUUUCCUGCUAUAGGGGAAAAGGUAGGACAGGGUGUCCCUGCCUAGUGUUGGAGGGAAAAACAAUGUGUGCCCCCAGCUGUUAAGGAUUUGACCUGGGCCCAAGUGGCCAUGCUGUGCUCUAUGUGGGCUGUGCUGUCCUGAAGCCCCCUGCUCUGCCCUAGUGGAGGGUUGGCACAGCUGGUAGGAUGGCUUUCAUUUUUUGACCUGUUUGUGGAAGUCAUUUGUGAUGUGGCUUUCAUAGGGCAUUGCCUGGGUUCUUUGAACUCUCCUCUGACAGCUUUCCCUUCUGUUGUGAAUUACAUGCAGUUUAUCUUACUAGAUAGAAGUUUAUUUUUCUCUCAUCUAAUAGUUUCAGAGGUAAUCAGGUGGGUGGGCAGAUUUAAGUAUACAAAGUCAUCAGGAACUCUGUUUCCUUAUGUCAUAUUGUUCAGCCACCCGUAGAAUAUUAUCCCUAAGCAGACUCACUGGCCCCAUGUCCACUGGAAGAAUGGGGAGGGAAAAAGAAAAGCAGUUUCUUUUUUAAAGGUAAUGCCUGGAAUUGCUCAGAUCACUGUGGCUACACUUUGCUAAAAGGGAUACUGGGAUAUAGAGCUUCUUAUCUAGGCAGUCAUGGCCCAGUUAAAGCUCAGAGGGUUCUGUGGCUAAAAGAUGAAGGGGAUGGGAAUGCUGGGGCCCAGUUAAGUGUUUUCUGCUAGGUGAAGCUCAAUGAAUAUGCCCAGGAUUACCUUGGCGGUUAUUUUGUGGUUAAUACCCCCUGUAACAAAGGCAUUUGCAUAUGAGUUGUAUUGGAAUAAUGACUGAUCCUAGAGCCUCUUAGGGCUUAUCUAGGAAGUUAACUCUGCACCUCUCAUCUUAACAUCCAGGCCUCUCCAGCACUCAGAGCUUUAGUGUUAGAGAAGUUGACCCUGAUAUAUACACCAUGCUUCAUGGUUCCCUGAAGUCUUUGUCUCAUUUGAGCCUCUAGGCUGCUCAUUUCACUUAAACUGCUUGCCUGCCCCACCCCUACUAGAGAAAUCUUGAGCCAGGCUGGGCGUGCUGGUGCACCCUUACAAUCUGAGCAACUUGGGAGGUUGAGGCAGGAAGGUUGUAAGUUUGAGGCUAGCCUGGGUGAUUUAAUGAGACCCUGUCUCAAAAUAAAAAAUAAACAAGGACUGGGGUGGUAGCUUAGUGGUAAAGCACCUCUGGAUUAAAUUCUCAGUAUCACAGGGAAAAAAAAAGUUCAAACAGGCUAACAUUUCAUAUACAUAGAUCUGGCCUUAAAGGAAAAUUGUAUGCGCAAGUAUAGGUUGUCAGCAAGGAUAGUGUCCCUCACUUGAAGGCAUCUAAAGAGAAACUUUUUCUCUGGUCCAUUUCUGCUACAGGAGUCAGGUUAUCAGUCAUGUUUCCCUUCUAUCUUCAACAGGAAGCUCUUUCAGCUUUCUAACUACAGGAUCUGUCAUUUCUAUUUUUUGUACUUCCUGUUUUUGUUGUUGAUUGAUAUUGUUUUUGCUUUUAAAAUUUUAAGGUAUGUUUAGGUAUAAUUUAUAUGCAAUAAAAUGUACAGAUCUUA